UCAACUUUAUCAAAUUUCCAACGUUUGCCCCCGUCUUCUCCCUCCAAAAUCGCACCUAGGGUUUCCAAAGAUCCCUUCCUCGCGCCGGAGACGCAGCGCGUCCUGCGUCAUUCCGACGCCGGCUCGAGAGCAAUGGGGAAGAAGAAGCCCAAGGAACCGGAAAACCCUCUCCGGGAAGACGCCGUCUCGGCUCCGUCGGACGUUUUCAAAUCGAUUUUCGGAGAGAUUCCCGAGCAAAACCUCGCCGGCUCCAUCUUCUCCGCCGACAACCCCUUCAAGAGGAAGCACCAGGAAUUGGGGCAGGCCUUUGGCGCUUCUGUUGUCGGUGAUGAAGGCGGCGAGUCUGCGAGGGUCGAGGAGGAGGAGAAGAAGAAGAAGAAGAAGAGGAAGGUAGACGAAGAGCCAGGGCAAGAACAAGAACCCGAGAAGAGUUUGUCCGAGAACAAGAAACCGAAGGAAUCGAGAAAGUCCAAGAAAGGGGCUUCUGAGGUGGGUUCUGGUUCAGAUGUUGAUUCCGAGACUGAGAAAUCGAAGAAGUUGAGAUUGAGCAGUCAAGCUCGUGGCUUGGCGAAUGAAAACGAGGAAGGUGAGAAAUCGAAUGUGGAGGUAGAGGAGAAGAGGAAAAAGAGGAAGAGAGAUGAGCUUGAGAGGGUUUAUGAGUCUAGGAAGUAUGGGGAAGCAGAAGAGGAAGAAGCAGAUGGUCAGGUGGGAGAGAAGGUUGUGGGGAAGAAGAGGAAGAAAGCAGAUGACCCGGCCGAUGUGUUGGCUUCAAAAGAUGGCUACGAUGAUGAGGGCAAGCUGCUGAGAACUGUAUUUGUUGGGAAUUUGCCUCUGAAAAUUAAAAAGAAGGCUUUGGUGAAGGAGUUUAGCAAGUUUGGAGAGAUAGAAUCGGCAAGGAUUCGGUCCGUUCCGAUCCUGGAUACCAAAAUACCAAGGAAGGGAGCUAUAUUAAAGAAGAAGAUCAAUGAAGCCAUUGACUGUGUUAAUGCUUAUGUUGUUUUCAAGACAGAAGAGUCGGCUCUUGCGUCUUUGGCCCAUAACAUGGCAGAGGUUGGAGGAAAUCACAUCCGAGUUGACAGAGCAUGUCCUCCUCGUAAGAAAUUGAAGGGAGAGACUUCUCCGAGUUAUGACAACAAGAGGACAGUUUUUGUGGGUAAUCUCCCAUUUGAUGUAAAGGAUGAAGAACUCUAUCGGUUAUUUUCUAACAUCAACAAUCUGGGGUCCAGCAUUGAAGCUGUUCGGGUCAUCAGAGAUCCUCAUACGAGUGUGGGGAAGGGUAUUGCUUAUGUCUUGUUUAAGACGAGGGAUGCUGCAAAUCUGGUUGCCAAGAAACGAAAUAUGAAGCUUCGAGAUCGAGAAUUAAGACUCUCCCAUGCCAAGCCAAAUGUGACCCCAUCUAAGAGAAUUGACCAGUCACCGGCAGUUGAUGCGAAUCACCCUGCAAAGAAGCUUGCUUUGGAUUUGAGGACUCCAAAUGGAGUUGACAGAGCAAAUACGAAAUUUUCAACCUCUUACCAGGGAUUGCAGGCAAGCAAAGGUACCUCCCUGAAGAAAUUUAAGGCAAAAGGGAUAGGAACAGUGAGGCCCAAGAAGGAGAGCAUGAAGAGAGAACUGGUCACAGAAGGAAGGCGGAAGAAAAGACCGGCAGUGGCUGCGAGGAAGGUGAGGCAAAAUGCGAGGAAUGAAAUUGGUUCUUCUGACCAAACUGCUAAGAAACGGAAGAUGGAGAGCAGGACUCCCGAGAUCUCACAUCAGAAGAACAAGAAGAAAUUCAAGAAAUCGCACUGAUUUACUCCAAAAUAAUUAGUUUACUCGGGUCUUGGGUCCGGUAUUUGGGAAUUAAUGCUGUCGUCACCGAAAAAAAAAACGAAAAUGUUGUACCUUUCUCAGCUGUAAAACAGUUUGUAUUCUUUCUUUCUUUGGCAAAAUUAUGUUUACAGUA